AUGCAAUAGAUUUGUGAUUUCCAUUUGAGAUAUAUCAAAUUCAUUUGUGUAGAUAAUUCAUGUAACAACAAAUUACUAUGUGAUGAUUGUUCCAGAACCUCUAAUGAACAUAGCAAUCAUAAAAUAGUAGAUGCUGCAGCAUUUUUGUAAUAGACAGAAACAUUUUUAAAAGGAGGAAAGUAAAUUUUAUAUUGAAAUAUCAGUCCUGACUUUGCAUUAUAUGGAAGUGAUCUUGGUAAUAAAACUAAAAUCUUUCUAUCUAAUAAUGGAAACAUUAGACAUGAAAUUAGAAUGAAUUUUUUAAGAAAAUUAGAAGACUCUAUUGAAAAAUAUUUACAUUAAAUGAUUGAUGGAUUAUAAUCAUCAAAAAAAAUGAUUGUUGAUUUUAUUAAUCAAUCAAUUGAAGACUGUUUUUCAGCAUAAGUUUUAAAGUAAGUUUCAUAAAUUACAAAUAGCAAUCGAGAAACUGGUCAUAUGAUAGUUUAAACAGUAAUGAGUGCUUUAAAUGCUAAAAUAUCAACUAAGGAAGCAAACAUUCUGUUAUAUCGUUUACAUACAGGAGACUUAGAAAGAGAACAUUAUGAAAAGAAAGUAAAGAAUAUUUAAUAACAUUAUAAUAGAUAUAAGCAUUAGUUGAAUUAUUUCAUUAAAAUGUGAAGAUAUUAUUAGAACCUAUGUCUAAUUAAGUCCAUAAAUAUUUAAAAUAAUUUCAUUAAGAAAUGGAAAGAAUAAGAAACUUAAUUAAGGAAGAGCAUUUUCAAAUAAAUAAGAUCAAUAUGUUACCAAAGACAUUUAAAAUUAAAGAUAUCACAAGCAAUCCUAAUUUAUAAUUAAAAGUACCUCCUUAAUCAUUUACAAAAUAUUAAACAACACAAAAUACUUAAUAAUAAAUAUAUACAUUAGCUACAGAUUAUGAUUAAGAUGAUUUAGAAUAGUUAUCAAGAUGGAAAAUAAAUAAAUUAACCAAAUCUAGAAAAUUAGAAUUAUUAAAAAGUUUAGAUUACACACAUCAUACAAUGAAGACUGAACAAUCUUAAUCUAUUAUAAAAUAAUAAAUUCCGAUCACUGCUCCAUAUGAUUCUACAGGAACAGAAUUUAAAAGGAUUAUCUAAGUAAAUACAUAACAUACCUUUUUAUUGAAAAUUAUAAAUAUAUAAAAGAAUGUAUGUUUAACAGCAGGUAAAGAAGGAACACUUAAUAUUAUAACAAUUGAGAUUGAAUAGAGUGAUUUAUCUAUUGUUAAUUAACAUUAAUUAAAACCUCAUUAAGAAUUGAAGGAUGUUGAAUUAUGUUAGACUCCAGGAAUGUUUUUGACAACAGGUAGAAAUAUAAAAAUAUUAAAUGAUAAAUAUAUUGAUUUAGGAUUUACAGUCAAAUUAUUUUUGUAUUAGGAUAUGAAAUAAAUAGAAUAAUUAACAGAAUUUAGAGAUUUGCAUUAAUAACCUAUUGAACAAUUAAAAUUUAUUAAUGAAAAAUAUUUAAGAUAAACUGUUGAAUAUUCUAAGUAUAGUAAUGAAUUGGAAUUUGCAACAAUUUGUGCAGAUUUUAUUAAAGUUUGGAGAUUUUGUUUUGAUAGUUCAAAAAUAUAUGAAGGAGAAAUGUUAGAAUAAUAUAAAAUAGAAUUGAAACCAUCUAUAAUUAAAAGUGUUGACUUUUCUGAUGGAUUAACUAUUGCAUCUGAGAAAUCUACAACAUAUCUAUUUCAUGAUUCUUAAUUAUUUAAAUAAAUAAAAAAUGUAGCUGGAAAAGAUCAAGUUCUUAGAUCAAAAUUAAUUUCAAAUCAUAGACUUUUGAUUAUGACAUAGUAAGGUGUAUUAACUAUUAUCGAUUUAAAAAAGAUAUAAUUGCCACCUCAUUUAACUAACUCAAAAGAUAAUAAACCAUAUGAACCACAUAAAAUUGUAAUAUAAUAUCUAAUUAAAUUAAGAAUGUCAAAAAAUAUUUACGUUAGAUAUUGUUUGAAAAAGAAGACAAAGAAUUAGAAUUGAUAGAUGUAAUAUAAGUAAGGAAGAAAUUUCUUUGUCUUCUUCAUAGUUCUUAGUUUGAUCAUUAUUUGAUUCUAAAUGAAUAAUUUGAAGUAAUAUUAUUUAUUUAUCCUUUAAAGCUUGAAAAUAAAUAUAGAAUAACUCCUUCUGAAACUCGAUACCUCAAAUUUUUAGAGAUUUAAACUCAUGAUUUAAUGAUAGCAAUUGAAGGCAAAAGUGAUUAUAGUAUUUGGGAUGUCAGUAAAUGA